UGAACCGCAGACUGGUAACCUAUCUCUAUACAUAGUAGGCGAGAGUCACAAUGAACUAGGGAUCGUUUUGUUAGAACAAUCUCCCGUAAUAACUUAAUAGACUACUAGGAAAAUGGCGACCGGCUGCUGUGGAGUAAAGCGUCAGAAAGUUUCUGCUCCUCCCGAAAAUGAAGGAAAUCACCAUGGAUCUUCAACGUCAUGCUCAACUAGAGAUUAUAUUCCGUCUCCAAGGAACGGUUCGGCAGUUAUACCUCGACCAAAUGGCCUUAGCAACGGACUGAAUUCCAGCCUAGCCCGUAUUGUGUGUGAAGAGAUGUGCUAUUUUUGCUUCGAAACUUUGAACAGACAUCUGCACAACGAAGCUCCAGCACCUUCUCCCAAAUUCACCGAUAAACCUUUUCCACUAUUUGUAACAUGGAAAAUAGGUAAAGAAAAGCGUCUACGUGGGUGUAUAGGUACAUUUACUGCUAUGAAUUUACAUGACGGUCUCAGGGAAUAUGCAAUAUCUAGUGCGUUUAAAGAUACACGUUUUCAACCUAUAACCAGGGAUGAGCUAUCACGCCUUCAUGUCUCUGUCUCCUUGCUGCGUCAUUUUGAAGAUGCCAAAGAUUGGGAAGAUUGGAGGGUUGGUACCCACGGAAUUAGGAUAGAAUUCUACAACGACAAGGGGACCAAGAAAUCUGCCACCUAUCUACCUGAAGUCCCUCCUGAACAGGAGUGGACCAAGAAGCAAACUAUAGACCAUCUUCUGCGUAAAGGAGGUUACACGGUACCGGUAAUACGAGACGAGUUUCGCCGUACUAUACGUGUCACCCGUUAUCAGAGCGAAAAACUGACCCAAAGCUAUGCAGAUUACACAGCCUACAACAACGGUCGCCGACAAGCCAACGGACAUAUUUAAUGAUAGCUUUCCGUGUCACCUCUUCCAGGUGGCAGACUUGUUACCAACUUUCAUCCACUUUUUAUAUGUGUAUUUUUAAUUGGUGUUUUAAAGAUACCU